AACAGUAGACGUAAGAAGAAGGAUGAAAGGUGGGGCUGGGUGAGAGAAAGUUUUAAUCGUUGCAUAAUAAGUGCUUAAUCCUACUGCACAUGUAUGGCAUAGCAGAGGAUAUAGCAUCAUACAGCACAAGUUGCUGAUAAAGUGUUUAAAGGGGUUUCUGUCUCUGCACUCUGACUGACAUAGACCCCUGCUUCUCCCAGAGGCGGGUCAAUGAUGAUGGAUGAUGCUGUCUCUAUAAAGACAUGAACACAGCCUACGAAGGUGCCCACUCCAGGACAUAAAAAAGAAAUUAGAAAAAGAAGGAUACAGCUUCCUGCAGACAUCAUGGAAAGAUUGUCAUCAGCCAGCCAACCUUUCCUACCAAAGCAUUCAGAAACCAGAGGGAAAGAUGAAAUGAAUCAUGAUGAGAAACUCCAGAGCAAGGAAGAAGCUACUGAUCAGGCUACAACGGACCAAGAAAUGAUGACGAGAGAAGGUCUGGACAGAAGGAAUGUCUGGGAGCCGAGUGUUUACUAUGCCCUGGGAAAGGAGUCGUUUUAUUUUGUUGGUCACGAAAUCAACAUCCGGGAGUCUAUAGACUCAUAUGGAGCUCUGAUUUGGCCGGGGGCGAUAGCUCUGAGUCAGUUCUUAGAGAACAACCAGCACCAAAUGAAUCUGAUGGACAAAGCAGUGCUAGAGCUUGGAGCUGGAACUGGCUUACUCUCCAUAGUGGCAAGUUUGUUAGGUGCUUGGGUGACGGCUACUGAUCUACCUGACAUAUUGUCUAAUCUGUCCUUCAACCUUCGGCGGAAUACCAAGGGCCAUUCCCGCUACAUCCCUCAGGUGGCAGCCCUCUCCUGGGGUCAAGGCCUCGAACAAGACUUCCCCUUCCCAUCCUACCACUACGAUUAUGUCCUUGCAGCUGAUGUGGUGUAUCACCACGACUUCCUUGAGGAACUAAUGAGUACUAUGCUUCACUUCUGCAGACCAGGCAGCGGGACAACCCUGCUUUGGGCGAACAAAAUUCGAUUCCAGUCGGACCUGAGGUUCACAGAGUGCUUUAAGAGCAGUUUUAACACAACACUGCUUACCAAGGUACCAAAGGAGAAUGUGUGGAUAUACAAGGCCACAGCAAAGGAGUGAACAAAUGAGAUCUAAGAUUUGGAAAUACAAAACUCCUAAAUUUAAAUUCUGUUUUUUCUUUUCUUAAUGAUUUAAAUCAAUACAGGGAAAAGUUUGGAUUGUUUCAUUACCAUUUUGUUUGUAUUUGCCAGUUAUAUCACAUAAAAUCUAACCGAAUUACAUGAAAUCACUAUAAACUUGUAAAAGGGGAGACAAGUACCAUUCCAGUUUUGAUAUGUGCUUACAUGACAUUUCUUGACUGGGUUAUCAACAUUAUAACGUAAAAGCAAAGUUCCUGACGCGGUUGUUCAUAUGAAUAAGCUAUUUUAUUUGAAUCUUUUAGACAUUUCCUACUUCUGAACAACAUGAUGUUUUAGAAAUAAAUAACUUUGCUGUUAA